AUGGCCUACCAUGGAGUCCCAGGUGGCUACGACCACGAUGCCAUAAACCACGACUACCACGAGAGGCACGAGUCGGACGAGGAGGUCGAGCGCUCGCUGCUCCAUACCAACCCCACCGGCGCCUACCAGGGCCCCUUUGACGACACACACUCGCAUCCCACUCAGGAUCACGGCUACAGCUUGACAGAGUCCUAUGCCGACAACAACACCCACCACGUGCCGCCCUACGAGUACGACGAGUACAAAGGUGCUACUCUGCAGGACCCAGAAUACCACCCUUCUGCUUCUCCAGUCUCCCGCGCACAAACAACGUCGACGGCGGCAUGGGAAGAAAGAGCACAGAUUGGCGGUCCCGCUGCUGGCGGCGGUGGUCUCAAGCGCAAUGCCACACGUAAGGUCAAGCUGGUCCAGGGCAACGUCCUGAGUGCCGACUACCCCGUACCCAGUGCUAUUCAGAACGCCGUCCAGGCCAAAUACAGGAACGACCUCGAGAGCGGCAGCGAGGAGUUUACCCACAUGCGCNNUGUAAACACUGCGGCUACAUGCGAUCCCAACGACUUCACACUCAAGAACGGCUACAACCUUCGUCCGGCCAUGUACAAUCGCCAUACCGAGCUUCUGAUUGCAGUCACCUACUACAACGAAGACAAGGUCCUCACCGCUCGCACCCUGCACGGUGUCAUGCAAAACAUCCGAGAAAUCGUCAACCUCAAGAAGUCCGAGUUCUGGAACAAGGGAGGCCCAGCAUGGCAGAAGAUUGUCGUCUGCUUGGUUUUCGACGGUAUCGACCCCUGCGACAAAGGCACCUUGGACGUUCUGGCCACGAUUGGUAUCUACCAGGACGGAAUCAUGAAGAAGGACAUUGACGGCAAGGAGACUGUUGCUCACAUUCUCUCGGUCACGGCCAACCAGCAACUCAUCCGCCCGCUCGACGACGGCCCGACAACGCUGCCUCCAGUGCAGAUGAUGUUCUGUCUCAAGCAAAAGAACAGCAAGAAGAUCAACUCGCACAGAUGGCUGUUCACUGCGUUUGGCCGCAUCUUGAACCCCGAAGUCUGCAUCCUGCUCGAUGCUGGAACCAAGCCCGGCUCCAAGUCUCUGCUCGCCUUGUGGGAGGCUUUCUACAACGACAAGGAUCUCGGUGGUGCCUGUGGUGAAAUUCACGCCAUGUUGGGACCUCGCUGGAAGUACCUCACAAAUCCUCUGGUCGCCGCCCAAAACUUCGAGUACAAGAUCUCCAACAUCCUCGACAAGCCCCUCGAGAGUUCGUUCGGAUACGUCAGUGUCUUGCCCGGUGCCUUCUCUGCUUACCGCUUCCGCGCUAUCAUGGGCCGUCCUCUGGAGCAAUACUUCCACGGUGAUCACACUCUCUCCAAACAGCUCGGCAAGAAGGGUAUCGAAGGCAUGAACAUUUUCAAGAAGAACAUGUUCUUGGCCGAGGAUCGUAUUCUUUGUUUCGAGCUGGUCGCAAAGGCUGGCUCUAAGUGGCAUCUUACCUACGUCAAGGCCUCCAAGGGUGAGACCGAUGUACCCGACAGCGCUCCCGAGUUCAUUGGUCAACGUCGUCGUUGGCUGAACGGUUCCUUUGCUGCCUCCAUCUAUUCCCUUAUGCACUUCGGCCGCAUGUACAAGAGUGGCCACAACAUCGUCCGCAUGUUCUUCUUGCACUUGCAGCUCAUCUACAACAUUGCCCAACAAAUUCUGACAUGGUUUGCUCUCGCUUCUUUCUGGUUGACUACUACCGUCAUCAUGGACCUUGUCGGCACCCCCAGCACAUCAAACAACCAAAAGGGUUUCCCCUUCGGCAACGACGCUACUCCUAUUAUCAACACUAUCGUCAAGUACAUCUACCUCGCAUUCGUGCUCCUGCAAUUCAUCCUCGCCCUGGGAAACAGACCCAAAGGUUCGAAAUUCACUUACAUCGUCUCGUUCUGCUGGUUCGGUCUUGUCCAACUGUACAUCACCGUCGAUGCGCUAUAUCUGGUCAUUCAUGCCUUUACGGGAGGCCCAGGCUUCAAUACAGACAGUCCCAGCGAUUUCAUACAGUCUUUCUUCUCUUCAACGGGUCCUGGUAUCAUCGUCAUCGCCUUGGCCGCAACAUUUGGUCUCUACUUUGUCGCUUCUUUCAUGUACCUCGACCCCUGGCACAUGUUCACCUCAUUCCCUCAGUAUCUCCUGAUCAUGAGUUCGUACAUCAACAUCCUCAACGUCUACGCCUUUAGCAACUGGCAUGAUGUGUCCUGGGGAACUAAGGGUGCCGACAAGGCCGAUGCACUGCCAUCAGCAAAGACAGAAAAGGCUCAAGACGGUAAAGCGACAGUCAUAGAGGAAGUCGAUCUAGCACAAGCGGAUAUCGACUCUCAGUUCGAGACCACCGUCAAGCGUGCCCUCACACCCUAUGUUGCCCCCAAGGAGAAAGAGACUAAGUCGCUUGAAGACUCGUACAAGAGUUUCCGUACUCGUCUGGUCGUCUUCUGGAUCUUCAGCAACGCACUACUCGCUGUCGCCAUUACCAGCGACAAUGUCGACAAGUUUGGCUUCACUAGUGGUGCUAGCAAGCGUACUGCGAGAUUCUUCCAAGCCUUGUUGUGGGCGAACGCUGUCGUUGCGCUUGUUCGCUUCUGUGGCUGCUGCUGGUUCCUUGCCAAAUCUGGUCUGUUGUGCUGUUUUGCACGCAGAUAA